AUGCCGAAACAUAAGAUUGAUAAACAAAAAGCUGUUACUUUCCAACUGGUACAUAGAAGUCAACAAGACCCUUUAAUAGCAGACGAGGAUGCACCCCAAAGAGUACUUUUGCCGAUUAAAGGCAAGCAGAAAAAUACUGAAGACUUGUUUAAAAAGAAACAAAAGGCUGAGUCAAUUAUAGAUGAAGGAGAUGAUGAUGAAGACUUUAGUGAUGAUAUGGAAGAUUCAGAUGGCGAAGAUCAAGAAAAAGUGAAGGAAUUGAAGGUAAAGUUUAAAUUACCAACAACGGUGUUUCCAUCCGAGGUUGAAGAAGAGGUUGGUAUGCUAGGAAAGGCAGCUCCCGUUUCAGGUCCCCAGCUCCAUUUGGAUCCAGAUGUAGUAGCUGCUAUGGAUGAGGACUUUGAUUAUUCAGAUCCUGAAAACCAACUUGAAGACAACUUUAUCGAAUUAGCUAAUGCCGUUGGUUCAGGCCAUAUGAAUGAAGAUGAUGAUGAAUAUGAUGACAACAUGUCUGGUUACAACUCUGAAGAUCUGGAUGAAGUUAAUUCUCUUUUAGAGUCUGAUGCAUCAUUUGAAAAAGAAGAAACUAAAUCCAGAUUUACAAAUUACUCAGUUACUAGUUCUGUUAUUAGAAGAAAUGAGCAGCUUAGUUUAUUAGAUGAGCGUUUUGAAAAGGUUUGUAACAUCUAA